GAGAAUAAAAAACUGCAUUACAGCGGCCCCAUAUCUUUUCUUGUACUCGUUUGAUUAGCCCAGCUCUUUCUCCUCCCUGCAAGGGCUGCACUUCAUACCUCUGCAGUACCUUGGAUUCAAAUUAGUACAGCCCCUCACUAAUUCCUAACUGUCGAGUCAGGUGUCAGCGUAAAGUUGCUGUGUUUUCAAAAAUAGAAAUUAAAACCCUCUCAGCACCUGCCAGGCAUUCCAGGUGUUACUAUUUCUGGGUACCUUAACAGGUACCUAAGAACCCAGGUACCUUUUACAGGGUCUCACGACAUCAGAGAAGUCAUUUGAAAUGUCUUCAGUAAUUUUCUCUCUGAAAAUCCAUGUGCAUGACAUGCAAUAAAAACCACCUCCAAUGAAGAGUUCAGGGGAAUCCUACAUUAGGAAUAUUCUUUUUCUAAUAGCUACAUAUCAACAUCCUCAGCCCUACCAGAAGAGAAGCAGCUGAAUGACUUCAUCAGCUCCUCUCCAUCUCACACCCAACAGACAGCAUGAGAGCAGAGCACCAGAGCCACUCAUGACAACAGAGCUCACUUCUAAAAAUGCUGUUUGCUGCAUCAGUGCUAGCAGUCACUAGAUGAUAAUAGAGCUGAAGCAACUGCUAAUAAGUUAUUUACCAGACAACGUGUCAAACUCUAUUUUACAGUCUACAAUGCAUUUACAAGUGCAGAGGAUGCAGUGGGUGCAUCACCUGGAGGUCCAUAAGCCACGUCACACACAGGAGAAAAGCCAAGAAACCUGUCACUGCAAGCUCUGUACUAAAUCUGGCAGCGCAGCAAGAUACACUAAUCCAAACUACUAUUUGCACUACUCAGUUUUCAAUCAAUAUUUUUUUCUACUGCUACAAAAAAAUGCUAUGAAUUCUUUUAUAUUUUUCUCACUAUUUUUUAGGAUUUCAAGCAGCAGUGAAGUUGUUUGCUCUAGAUGAGCUUAGCCUAAAUAAGCUCAGAGAGAAGAUUACGUGAUCAUGCCCUGGUCAGAGCAAAGACAAAAAAGUCUCAGCAAUACCAGUUCAGAGAAUACUUCACUCAUCAUUGCUUUGGGCAUAUCUGUUUCCAUUCAAAAAGGAAUUUGUUCCCAGGUCAGGUGUUAGGACAGAAAAAUUCUAGUUCCAGGUGUUUGUUUGCUUCUUUUCUGGAGGAAAAAAACAAAAACAAAACACCACUACAAGGAAGCUGCUCAGUCACAGCCUGAAGUAGCGACUGCGAACCUAGUGAAGUGGAUGGACCAGGGCGCACAAAUUCCACCGGAAUUGUGUGACCAGAAAAGGGUGGACCCAGAGAGGCUUACAUAAGAGCCGGGUAGGGAACGGAGAACAUCCUGUGGAAGAUCCUUUGGAUCUAAGCUGCUGCCUUGGAAGGAGUGAUGCAUAGCAGAGACCUCCUUCACCAGUUGGCUACCAAACUGCAGCUUCAGCUUUUCCAGAUCAGAAGGGAGUGCUGUGUUCGGGAUCACUGUGGCUCCAGCCAAGGGGUUUGGGUUAGAGGAUACCCUGCGUGGAAGCAAAAGAAUAUCCCUGUCUUUGUUGAACUGAUCCCCCACUGCUACACAAGGAUUCUUCUCGGAGCUCUGCAGCCACGGUCGUGUCCUGCCCAGCUCUCUGUCCUCUGCCUGUUGCCCCAGUCUCAGUGCCUGUGCUGAAAUUUCAUCCCGGGGUGGCCCAGAAUGGCUUUUGAAGACCCUCAACUGCAGAAGCUGGUCAGGGUUGAUCUAGCAACAAAGUAUCCUGAAGUAGUUUUGUGUGUAGGCAAAAUAACAUUUGGUGAGAAAGCAAGAGAGAAGAUGCCAAAAAAUUCAAAACAAGACCAAAAACGCAUCCUUGCCUCUGCAGUGUGUGCCUUGCUAAACUCCGGAGGAGGUGUGGUAAAAGCAGAGAUAGAAAAUGAAAACUACAACUUACAGAGAGAUGAGAUUGGACUAGAUUUACAAGAUAUUUUUCGCUCUCUUCUUUUAUCUCCGGACUUGACAAAAUACCUGGACUUUGUACAGCAAGAUAAUAACCUUUUGAUUUUUAUUAAAACAUGGAACAGUGAAAGGGCAAUCUCAAUCUUCAGUUCUGCAAAGCCACGUAUCUGUAGCCUCAGUAGUGGAUUGUAUGCAAAAAGUGGUGCUUCUCUUUCCCACAUGACCCCUACCGAAGCUUUGUUGUUCCUUGAAGAAAAGCAAAAUAAAGCCAGGAGAGAACUUAAGGCAGGAACACCUGCUAAAAAAAGAAAGACAAUGGAUGUUGAAGAAGACAUGCAUGUUGUAAAUAACACUGUUGCUGAAUUGUUUAGCAGGGACCAACUGCAGAAGGGAGAGACACUGAAUUUCGCAGAGUCAGGAAACGUGGAAUUUAAGCACUUUUCCACUGAUAAAUUUUCCACUCGUGUUGAUGAGAUAUUACCUCGCUAUAUCUCUGGAUUUGCAAAUGCAUGUGGCGGGUAUUUAUGGAUCGGUGUGGAUGAUAACAGGGUGGUACAGGGAUUCAGAAGUGAUGAUGAGGGCCUUAAAAGUUUAAGAAAACAAAUCAGUUCUGUUCAGGAGAAAUUAACCAUCUUUCAUUUCUGCAAAAGUAGAUAUCAACACAAGAUAAAGUACGAAUACAAAAUCUUCGAAGUGUAUGAUGAGGCUGUAAAGCACUGUGGCUACGUCUGUGCUGUGAAGGUUGAGCCAUUUACUUGUGCCGUGUUUUCAGAAGAUCCACAGUCAUGGCUAGUGGACAGCGGCACUGUCAAGAGACUGGAAGCAAAUGAAUGGGCUGAGUGGGUGAUCUCUGCUGAUCCAGAUCUUUCCGAAUUUUCUGAGACCUUUAAACUAGAGCUUAGUGUGACAGAUGGCCCACCCCGGGCCAAGCCAGUUUACUCACACCAGGGCCUUGACAACCUGGAUGAUCUCUGUGAGCAACUAUUUCCAGUGAAAUCCCACAGCCUAUUUUAUACUCCAGAAAAACUCAUUAAAGAUCUCUUCCAAGAGCACCAAGGGCUGAAGAGUUUAAUAGACGAACAAUUGAAGGAGGUUUCCGAAGGAGUCGUGAUAUUUUCGAGAAGCUGGGCUGUUGACGUAGGCUUGCCAGAAAAGCAAGACGUAAUCUGUGAUGUUCUCCUACUAGCCAAGGGUAUGCCACCUACCCUCUAUACAGUAUGUAAACCUAUCUCUGAGGAUUUUCUUUACUACUCAACUUGCACACCCUGUGAGCUGGAGAACUUGUUCACCACUGAGGACUAUACUCACGAAUUGGAUAAGCAUCGUAAAUCUCUAUAUUUUUUUAAUUACUCGAGAUGCACAGCCCUGAAGCUGAAGGAAAAAUUAGUCAACACUGGGGGUUAUACUCACAAAUUGUGUAUAAUACCAAAGCUACUGACUUUGUCUCCCAGCUUUAGCUAUGGAGAAGGAUUGGAUCUGAAUGUUCAAAAACUGUAUCCUCAAAACUACAGCCUAAUCAACAGUGUCAACGUGAAAAACCUCUUGCGUUCUCUCAUCCUAGUUCUGCUGAAUUUCAAAUCUUUUUUAAGUGACACUGUUGGUUUUGAGUUUUUGAACCUCUUGUCCAUUGAACAAUACCGGCUACUGUCAGAAAACCUCCACAGAACUAAGAAGCUGUAUGUUUAUGGUCUACCAGGAACAGGAAAAACUGUUGUGGCUCUGAAAGUCAUAGAGAAAAUAAGAAAUAUGUUUCAAUGCCAACAACAGGAGGUUCUUUACAUAUGUGAGAACCAACCUCUGAGAGAUUUUGUGAGAAAGAAGAACAUCUGCCAAGCUGUGACAAGAGUAGCCUUUAUGAAGGACAGCUAUAGUGAUGUGAAGCACAUAAUAAUCGAUGAAGCACAGAAUUUCCGAGAUGAGAAAGGUGACUGGUAUCAGAAGGCAUUGGAUUUGACUUCAUCUCCAGAACUCCCCGAGCCCGGCUUUCUGUGGAUUUUCUUGGACUACUUGCAGACAACUCACUGCUUCUCAACUGGUCUUCCAGAACCAAGACGGCACGAUCCUGUGGAGUCGCUAACCAAAGUGGUUCGUAAUGCUAAGAGUAUCUAUUGCUAUCUAAAGGACACAAUGGAAGAGAUUGUAAAGAAUCCUACUGUAGAUAUUCCACAGGAACGUUUACAGAGGUUACUGAGUGCAGCCACAUGUGCUCAUGGUGUGGAAGGCCACUUUGAAGUGGUAUAUAUGAGUGACAGAAUUGAAAUAGCCAAGUAUGUGGCAAACCAUUGUCAUCAGUAUCUUAAAAGUGGUUACUCUGAGAAAGAUAUUGCUAUUCUGUGUAACAGCAGUGAAGAAGUAGAAACAUAUAGAGGAAUACUGACAAAAGAAUUGAGGAAGUCAAAUAUAUUACCACGAACAAUGAAUGGAGGGCUAGAGGAGUACACUAUUCUUGACAGCUUCCGUCGUUUCUCUGGCUUAGAAAGAAUGAUUGUGUUUGGUAUUAUUCCUCAUCCCAUUCCAAUGCAACAUCAAGUUUUAAAAAAUAUAUUAGUAUCUGUAGCAUCCAGAGCUAAUUUAAAGAUGCACUUGUUGUAUGAGACUUGGGACAUGGGAGCAGCUCGCUUAUACCAAUAGUGCUGCUCAGGAAAGCUACCGGACAGCGCAGGCAUCCAGGGUUAGAAGCCGUUUUUUUAAAAGAUUUUUCAACUCAGAUUUCCAGGAAAGUAAAAAUGAAGACUUCUGUCCAUGUUCUAACUAACAGACACAGAAAUAGCUUUUACAAGAUACCUUCCCACUCAACUUCAGCAAGUCACUGUGGGUUAGAACCACCUAGUUGUACCAGCUUUGAAUUACUGACCUUAGGUACCAGUAGCAUUUUUGUCUUGGUUUCAGACAUGCCCAUUUAGCAAAACCCUGUUCAAUGCAAAGUCCUUUCAAAAGACAGAUCCAAAAUUCCUAAAACUGAAUAUCUAAAAUUGAAGGCUGGUUGAAAAUAAACCAUGGACCUUCAUAUUGUUUUCCACUACAGAAGGGCCAGGGUUCACCUGGUUUGAGAGAAGAGUCCGUUACGCUCUCUCUGUGAUUACGAAGCACCAACGAUUAUAUUAGAUACAGCUACACUAAGACAUAGUACCCAGCUGGAAUCACCCUUCAAGUAAACUUGCCUCCAGACUAUCAAACCAAUGAGCUCAAACAUUCUUGCUUCUCUAACUUCUGGAAGCCAGAGGCAUCUUCCUUUUUUCCUUAGUCAUUAACUAGGAAAGACUUAUCCACGUGACUCCUUUCUUGUCCUCCACACCUCCAUCACUUAGUCAUGCCAUGCUUGUCACAGGAAUGUCACUAGCAUUUACGAUGAUCAGAAAUAUUUUAAUGCGCUUCACUUCCAGAUCACUGCUGAGUAUCAUAUUUAUUGCACAUUCUGUUCUCCUGCUGCAGACUGAAGCAAAGCUCUCUGAUUUCUUUGAUAAAGAAUCUAUGCUUGAUUGCAAAUAUUUAUACAAUAAAGUUGUAAUGUGAUUACCAA